CACAACCUUCGUUUUGGAUUCUCUUGUUGUUGGUACAGCUGGCCUGUUAACCAAGUAACCGGCUUGUACAUAUCUCCAGCGGUCACCGUGCCUCUCGUUCGUUUCGUGCUCGGCCAACUUGUAUGACAGUCAUUCCUUUCUACCACCCAUUCUCUUGAAUGCAGAGGGACAAAAGAUAACUUUGUUGAGGAUGAAAUUUUCGAUUCCAGUCUCUCGACUUGUCCUAGUGGCCAGUCUUCUUGGACGUAUUUUGUGUGUUCCGUUAGCUGGAAACGAUAGAUUAGGAGAUCAUCCUUACGAUGUUGAUCAACAAGUUCGUCACGUUCGUACCCGCUAUCAACCUUCGCGGCUGGUGGAUAUUCCUCUCCACGUGGACGACACCGCACCAAAGGCCGUAGCAGAUUUUGAGAAUGAUGAAAGGAGAUCUGCUUUGGAACCUCAAACGCCAUCCAAGGGCAUAGGGAAGAGUAUUGAGGCUGAGAGUGUGACGUUGGCGGCAAGAGGAGAUGCCUCUACCGACCAAGCCGACACCGCCGUGACAGGAACAGCAGCCGGCGAGGUUGAAGAUGUGGCCAUCUACAUGGACGAGAACUCACAAACGGACAGCACGGAGACCAAAAUCAUCCCCAUAAUCUCACCAGCAACCCCCUCUUCCUCAUCAACCUCAUCAUCGGCAUCCUCGUCUUCAUCUUCCUCCCCGGCAGUAACAACCCUCAAACCAAAAACCAAACGCACCAACCUCUCCUCCUACCUUUCCUUCAACAAAGCAAACCAAAAACUCAUCAAGCCCAUCAAGCACACCAAGCUCACAAACACGCCUCCAUCAACCAACGACGACACACCAACAAUCCUCCCCGACACCACCACCACCACCACCACCUUCACCCACCCCGGCUUCCUCCCCCAACGUCUCCCCGGCAUAACCUACGCCCCCUACGACCUCACAGGCUGCCGCUCCCCCGCCAACAUCACCUCCGACUUCGCCACCAUCGCCCAAACGCGUCUCUACUCCUCCGUCCGCAUCUACGGCGUCGACUGCUCCCAAGUCCUGCACACCCUCCGCGCCGCCUCCUCCGUCUCCUCUCCCCCUUUAAAACUCUUCCUCGGCAUCUUUUCUCUAUCCGACCUCUCCUCGCAACUUACCACCUUGAUAAAAGACGUGCAGACCUUCGCCUUGACUGAAAAACUCGCCGUCGACGACGUCUGGACCAACAUGAUCGACACCAUCUCCGUCGGCAACGAGCUCGUCAACAACGGCCAAGCCACCCCCGCGCAAGUCUUGGCGGCGGUGCGUACAGUCCGCCAAGUUUUGAGAAGGGAGGGAUACUUUGGUCCUGUAGUCACGGUCGAUACGUUUGUUGCCGUCCUAAACCAUCCUGAACUGUGUAGUAGUUCGGAUGUCGAUUACUGCGCGGUGAAUGUCCAUCCGUUUUUUGAUGCGCAUACGGAGGCGGAGCGGGCGGGGGAGUUUGUCAGGAGGCAGGUGAUGAAUCUGAGGGAGGUUAUUACCCCUAAAUCCCAGGCCCAGGCCCAGGGGACUGGCCUGUCUCAGGGGGGGACUACUGACAUGAUAGGGGGAGGGGAACGACGGAAAAAAAGAGUGGUGGUUACCGAAACGGGAUGGCCCAAGCAGGGAAAUGCAAAUUACCGGGCGGUUCCAGGACGAUGGGAACAAAAGACGGCGGUGGAGGGCGUGAUGAAGGCUUGGAGAGAGGGAAGCCAGAGGGGGUUUGUUGGAGACGAUGGAGGGGAUUUUGAGCUGUACUUGUUUACGGCGUUUGAUGAUGAGUGGAAGAAGGCGGACAAGGGCACGUUUUAUGCGGAGCAGUUUUGGGGGAUACAUGAUCGUUGAUAAUUCUUCCUUUUCUUUUCUUCAUUUUUUAUGUUCUUGUUGGCUAUGUAUAUCCUCUUGUUGGCUAUGUUGGGCGUUAUGUGGGGGGAUACCUAUCGUUCUACAGUUUUUGUUUCUCGGUUUUUCUUCUU